CCAAAUGGAGAGAGAAAAGUUAGGUUUCGAUGUGAAUAUAGCUAAUUAGUGAAGCAAAAGAAGAAAAAUAAAGAAACAUGUUUGAUGGUGGAGUACCGGAACAGAUCGACCAGUUCAUAGCAUCUCCACAGCCACCUCCUCUGCUUCCGCCGCAUCAACCGGCGACUGAAAGAUCACUUCCUUUUCCUGUCUCAUUCGCUUCCUUUAACUCAAACCAUCAAGCCCAGCAUAUGUUGAGCCUCGAUAGCCGUAAGAUCAUUCAUCAUCAUCAUCAUCACCAUGGCAUCAAAGAUGGUGGUGUUUCUUCUGAGUGGAUAGGUCAUACGGAUCAUGAUGGCCAUAAUCAUCGUCACUUUCAUCAUCCAUGGUGUAGUGAUGAAGUUCUUGCUCUUCUUAGGUUCAGAUCUACGGUGGAGAAUUGGUUCCCUGAAUUUACUUGGGAGCUCACUUCAAGAAAGUUGGCAGAAGUUGGGUAUAAGAGGAGUCCACGAGAAUGCAAAGAGAAAUUCGAAGAAGAAGAGAGAAGAUAUUUUAAUAGUAACAACAAUACUAAUGAUCAUCACAUCAGUAACUACAACAACAAAGGAAAUUAUAGGAUGUUUAGUGAGGUUGAAGAGUUUUAUCAUCAUGGUCAUAAUGAUGAUGAGCAUGUCUCAUCAGAAGUUGGGGAUAACCAGAACAAGAGGAACAAUUCGCUAAAGGGAAAAGAAAACGUUGAGGAAAUGGGACAUAACUUAUUGGAAGAGGGCAAAAGAGAUCAUCAGGGUCAGGGUCAAGUAGAAGAAUCAUCAAUGGGGAAUAAAAUAAACCCCGUCGAUAAUGUUAGAAACGAAGAUGGUGCAAAGUCAUCAUCAUCAUCAAGCUUGAUGAUGAUCAUGAGGGACAAGAAGAAGAGGAAGAGGAAGAAAAAGGAGAGGUUUGGUGUGUUGAAAGGGUUUUGUGAGGGACUUGUGAGGAACAUGAUAGUCCAACAAGAGGAGAUGCAUAAGAAGCUUCUUGAAGAUAUGGUGAAGAAGGAAGAAGAAAAAAUGGCUAGAGAGGAAGCUUGGAAGAAGCAAGAGAUGGAGAGGCUUAACAAAGAGGUAGAGAUUAGAGCAAACGAACAAGCUAUGGCUAGUGAUAGAAACACCAGCAUCAUCAAGUUCAUAUGCAAGUUCACAGGCCAUGAUAACCAUGAUGAUGGAAAUGGUAUGGUCCAGAGUCCAAGACCUUCUCAAGACUCAUCUUCCUUAGUUCUACCAAAAACCCAAGGCAGACGAAAGUGUCAAACUUCAUCAUCACUAUUACCUCAAGCCCUAACUCCACAUAACCCUAUUUCUCUUCAAAGCAAUGACAUACCACUUGAACCCAUUUCAACUGAAACCCUAAAAACCAAAACCCAAAACAGAAAACCUCCACUAAGUGAUGAAAAGAGUGACACUGGCAAGAGAUGGCCUAGGGAUGAGGUGUUAGCUCUUAUCAACAUCAGACGCAGCAUCAGUAGCAUAAAUGAUGAUGAUCAUCAUAAAGGUGGGAUCUCAUUAUCAUCAUCAUCCUCUAAAGCUGUUCCUUUGUGGGAAAGAAUAUCCAAGAAAAUGUUGGAGAGUGGGUACAAGAGAAGUGCCAAGAGAUGCAAAGAGAAAUGGGAAAACAUCAACAAAUAUUUUAAGAAGACAAAAAAUGUUAACAAGAAGAGACCACUGGACUCAAGGACUUGUCCUUAUUUUCACCAACUUACAGCUUUGUACAGCCAACCCACCACCACGGCCACCGACACGUCAACCGGAGAGCUGGAAACCCGGGUUGGAUCGGGCGAUUCAGUCAUGCAUGUAGAUGCAAAUGGUGCCGGCGAAAAAAGCAAUGUACAAUUUUCAGGUUUCGAUCUUGCGUUACCAUAAACCUCAAUACAAUAAAUAUAAAUAUAUUACUAGUUUAAUUUCUUUUCUUGUUUUUUCCCCUUUAAAACCUCAUUUUUGGUUAUCAUGAAAAUUUUAAAUAAUAUAUGAAUAAUGUCAUUUAUGUUUUGACGCAUCAGUAGAAACGUAUGCGCACUAUUUUAGUUGGA